UCAGUCCCCAGUCGGGCGUGGGCGUUUUCUCUUUUCUGUUCUUCGAUUUGCGUUUCUUGUGUUCCUGUGAUCUUUUGGUCGAUUAUACCACCAGCCUUACCGGGUCAUCGCCCGCGGUCUUCGACGACCUAAUCUUAAUAACUGGUGUAUCGUGAUAAUGAACUAAUCUGUACAACAUGCGCUCGACUGGACCCUCAACGAGUCUCCCCAAACGGAGAGCUCUCCAUGAGCGCAACCCGUCCCAGACGAACGAGAGCUCCCCACCUUCAUCUCUCCGAGCCACCAGUGACAACUACGCCGGCCAGGAAGAACAUGAUGUGUAUUCAGCCACUCCCUACCCGACAAAACCCGAGCAGAUCCUCCUACCACGGCCUGGAAAAGGACAGGAAUUCAUCCCAGACUCCCGAUUUCACGUCGACGAAGCACCGGACCAUUAUGCUGGGAAUACAUCGACAGAGCUAAGCCAAAUCGCCGACAGCAGUUUUUUUCAACGGUCCGCCAGUGAUCCUUGGGACUUAUCGUCGACGUUCGAUGUCGCAAAUACACCAUCGCAGGUAUGGGAGGACGAUCCUUUGUCCAGCAAGUCGUCGUUCCCCGAUCUCCUGCCUCCGGAAGACAAACCUACCGACCCCAAGUCCGAUGCAGCCUCUGUUGCCGCCUACUCAGACGAGGAACCGAAUACAUUACCCCAGGCGCCCUCAACAAUCAAGCCUGUGAUGUCUCGAACCUCAUCUCGUCACCCGUCGGGUCCGGAAACUCUUGGAUCAAGCAAUUCUAGCCCGAACGUGGUUCCCAUCGGGCCUCCCUCCAGUCCGAAUUUCGUGGCCCUCGACAACUCGAGUUUGAAUUUUGUACGACUCGGCGCCUCUUCGAAUCCUGGCUCGGUCACUCGGUCUAAUUCACUGUCAUCGUUGAAUUCGUUAGGAACAGUCAUAAGGUACAUCGGAGCGGCCCAAUGGACACAUGGUUCAUCCUCUGAACAAUCGAGCUCGCUCUCGCGUUCACGCUCACAGUCAUUCCGGUCCAAUCCCUCCAACCAGGUGCACCAGGUUCAGUCGAACUCAACGCUUCCGCGCGGGCGGAGUCAUUCACGCUCUCUCACGUCUUCAUCACGUAGUGGUCCGAAUUCUGAUAUCCAGGCGAUCGUCGACAGUGGAGUGUUCCUUCAAUACCCGACAAUCCGUGCGCCUUCAUCGUCAAGUUCAAGGGUCGACGUUUCGAACACUGAGGAUACCACAGAGCCCACCGCCCAGGAACCCACCACAGAUUUCUCUUCGGAUCGCUUCAAAUCUCACUUAUCGACGGUCACCUCCCGAUGGUCAGCAGAGUGUGACUCGAACUAUGCUGAAGGGUCGAGCAACAACUCUCUGGCGGAGCCCAGACGGCCUUCCCCAGCGCUGAUUCGCCCGAAGCCAACAUCUUCAUCGGUAUGGCUAGUGAAUGAAGUAGACGAUACGGACGGCGAUGAGCAGCAGGACAAUCUGUCAAGCUUACCGGCGCGCCCGUCGAACCCAGCGGUUCCCAGCAGUCUUUCGUCGGGAUCCCGACGAAGCAGCAUGCGAAGCACUAAACGACCGGGAACAAGUUCAAGCAUCCAUAAUAUCUUGCCUAACUGGGCUAAAAUGUAUUAUGGGCGCGCCGAAGCGCAGCCCGCAAACUCGGGCUUACCGACGGUGGAGGGCAGUCGCCCCCCGUCCGUACGGCCAGCAACGGCAAGUACAAAUGGUGCUCUCUACCGCAUGCCGACGGCUCACAGCCAUACCCGGACAAUGACCAGUGACCUCCGAAGCGUACGGUGGGAAGCCCCACCGAGUGAUCCACGCGAUCCUCGAAGCCACUGGGUGAAAGACCCGAAACUCGAGAGAAGAGACACCUCCCGUAAUCGGCUGCGUAGCAGCUGGUCGCCGCACCUGUUGCCUGAUCGACGUGCGGUUGGUCCUCGGAAGGGCAUUAGGGGAGCCCCUUCUCUAGAUUCAAGAAUGGAACCUCUAUUUGGUCGGAGGAACAUACAAGUUUGGUCAUUUUGUAUUGGUUUCAUUUUCCCUCUAGCCUGGCUGAUCGCUUCUUUCUUGCCCUUGCCAAAACAACCGGAAAUGGUUAUGCAGGAGGACGUCGAGUCCCAACUCGAAACAAGUCUACGUAUGCGACUGUUCGACCUUCAGAGGAGACGCUACGAAAACGCUCGCUGGUGGAGGAAGCUCAACCGGUGGAUGAACCCUCUGGGAUUGGUGAUUAUCACCAUAGUGAUCACUCUAGCAGUUGUCGGUACAACAGUGGGUUUCUAGGGCCAUUAGGGACCCCAAGCCUCCCUGUUAGUGUUAUAUCGCUUGUAAGACCAUCGUGCUUGCAGCCUCUGCUUACUUUGGCCGCCAAGGCAAACGCACUGCCCUGGCGUCCCUUACGCAGGCCAUGCCUGCCUGCGUCUGCAUUCCAUUGCAUUGUAUAUGCUUGAAUUGACUUUCGCAUCACAGUGCUUGGA